AUGGUGAUUGCUGCCGGUGCAUGGCAUUCAGCAGUAAUCGGGAAAGACGGGCGUGUAUGCACGUGGGGUUGGGGAAGAUACGGGUGUUUAGGCCAUGGCAAUGAGGACUGUGAAUCGGCACCUAAAGUGGUGGAAAAACUUAGAGAUGUAAAAGCUGUUCAUGUGGCCACGGGAGAUUAUACGACUUUUGUAGUCUCGGAUCGUGGAGAAGUAUAUUCUUUCGGGUGUGGUGAGUCUUCGAGUCUUGGCCAUUAUCGAGCUGCUGCUGAAGAGCAG